GUAAACAAACCAAAAGCGGACGAAUUCACAAAAUCUCUGCACAGAAAUAGCUUGAAAUGAAAGCUUCAGCAUUUUCCAAGAAGAAGAAUGGCGUUGAAACUGCCAAAAUAUGCCUUUGGUGCCUGUCCACGUGUGAUGCUUUGGAGCCCCUAGCGAACGACGAAUCCGGAAAAUAUAAGCUUCAAAAACUCUUCGAUUGUACCGGUUUUCAGGCUGAUUUAUUACCUGUAAGUCCGUCGUUUUUGUGCUCGGGGUGCGAAUCGCGCUUGGAUAAGAUGUAUACGUUUCGCUGGCGAUGUAACAAAAACAUUGCAUUGGCCAAUGGUUUUAUCGCAGAGCAAAACACAGUGAAGAACGAACCAAAAAUCGCUAAAGACGUGUUUACCGCACCGGAUGCAGCGAACGAUAUGUGUUUGAUUCAGAAGAGUUGUGGUGCUGAUGGGACACAUGAAUACUGUGGCUACCAACCUGAUGAUUUAUUCGAGGCAGAGGAAAAUCCAAUUGCAAUCAAAACGGAGAUUGAAAAUGUUGAUGAAAAGGAUAACAGCCAAACGAAUGCUGUAGAAUUGAUUAGCCAGGAUCGAGGAGAUCCACCGGUGACAACCAACAUGUGUGUUGAUGAAGCAGCAUCAGACUCGAUGCAAAACGGAAUUUCUGCCAUCGGAAAAAAACACAAAGCAGGCCGGAAACGUAAAAACGAUCAAGAGAAAACACUACCUCGGUUGCGCUCGUAUAAACACCGCAGUCAUGAACAAGGCAAUCGCAGUCAACAAAAGCACCAUUGCCCUCAUUGUUCGGCAUCUUAUGUUCAUUCAAGCAAGCUGAAGAUUCACAUCCGGACACACACGGACGAAAUGCCUUAUGCGUGUAAAAUCUGUGAUAAAGCGUUCAGAUCAUCCAAACUUCUGCGGAGGCAUUGCGUGCGUCACUGCAAGGAUCAUAAGUGCCCGCAUUGUCCUUCCAAAUUUGCUCUUUCUUCAGAGUUAAAGGUUCACAUACGCACUCAUACUCAUGGUAAUCCUUUUGUGUGUAAAAUAUGUGACAAACGGUUCAGUUUUGUAAACAAUCUGUUACGCCAUGAGAAAAUCCACAACAAGGACGAACACCAUCAGUGCCCGCAUUGUUCGUCCAAGUUUCCUCGGUUAUCCCACUUAAACGAUCACAUUCGCAUUCAUACCGGUGAAAAGCCGUUUCUGUGUGAAAUCUGUGAUAAAGCGUUCUAUUCAUCGGCCAAAUUGGCGCAACAUUUGAAAAGUCACAACAAGGGCCAACAUCAUCGGUGUCCGCACUGCUCUUCAACGUUUGCUCUUUUGUCAGCGUUAACGGAUCACAUCCGCAUUCAUACCGGUGAAAAGCCUUAUGUGUGCAAAGUAUGUGACGAAACGUUCAGUUUAUCAAGCAAUCUGGCUCGACAUAAGAGAAUCCACAACAACGGCAAGUACCACAAGUGUCCGCAUUGUUCUGCCAAGUUUACACUGUUACCCACUUUCAAAAAUCAUCUUCGCCUUCAUACCGGUGAAAAGCCGUUUGUGUGCAAAAUCUGUAAGCAAGGGUUCCAUUCAUCGUCCUCACUAUCAUCUCAUACGAAAACUCACGACAAGGACUAACGUCAUCAGUCCGCCCGCAUGGUCCCUUCAAGUUUCCACGGUUAUCCCACCUAAAAGAAUACAUUCGCAUUCAUACCGGUGAAGAGCCGUUUAUGUGUAAAAUCUGUAAGAAAGUGUUCCAUAAAUCGUCCGCAAUAUCCUUCCCUUCGAAAACUCACAAAAAGAAUCAAUAGCAUAUGUUUGAAUAAGUACAAUAGAAGAUAAUUGUUGCUCACUAAACAUUGUCUUUGAUGGAACAUAGAAAACGGGAGAUAACGAAUACAUCGUUGGGACAAGAGAAACCCGAAUUUUGCCGCAAAGUUUAAUGUUGUACGUUUACGUUUACGUUUUACCUCAUAUUUACGUGCAAAU